CAAAGACCCAGGGUGGGAACCCUGACCAGACUCUUCGCGACUCUCAGGAAGGCCUGAACCGUCCUCCUUUCUCCCCUGCCUGCCCCCCAGGACUGGGCAGUUGCCGAAGGCCCUGGGGGGGGGCCCAGGGAUGUGGUCGUGCCCCCUCCAACACCCCGACACAGAAUGGGCCCAAGUUAGUCUGCCCAGCCGCUCACAGCAUCUUCCAGGCCCAGAGAGAACCCCCAGGCUCUGAAGGCUCGACCUGCCGCCUGUCUGCCAUGGAGACGAAGCUGCCCCCUGCCAGCACCCCCACCAGCCCCUCCUCCCCGGGGCUGUCGCCCGUGCCCCCGCCCGACAAGGUGGAUGGCUUCUCCCGCCGCUCCCUCCGCAGGGCCCGGCCCCGGCGCUCCCACAGCUCCUCUCAGUUCCGCUAUCAGAGCAACCAGCAAGAGCUCACGCCACUGCCCCUGCUCAAAGAUGUCCCGGCCUCUGAGCUGCAUGACCUGCUGAGCCGGAAGCUGGCCCAGUGCGGGGUGAUGUUUGACUUCUUGGACUGUGUGGCCGACCUCAAGGGGAAGGAGGUGAAGCGGGCGGCACUCAACGAACUGGUGGAAUGUGUGGGGAGCACCCGGGGUGUCCUCAUCGAGCCUGUCUACCCAGACAUCAUCCGCAUGGUAAGUGCCCGCCCCAGGCUCUGAGGGACAGUGGAGGGGGCCUGAAGCCCUACUGACCCACCCACAGGAC